UGUGUUUCUUUCACCGUUGUUUUAAUGACUGAAACGAAUGUUUUUGUCGUCGUAUCUCGCUGUUGUGUGCUGGACGCUUUGAAAAUAGAAAUGAGCAGAAAUCUGAGAACAUCGUGUUUAUUUUAAAGCCAGCGGCUCAAUGUAAAUGUGAUAAAUGAUAUAAUUACAAGGGAUUCCUGGUCUGGUUGUCACGUGGGCUGUAAUGUACACAAAUGUGUUUUCUCUAGGAACUAUAUUGGUUUUUAACGCCUAGUUUAAAACCGUCUUAAUAAGGACAUUAUUUGGGAAUUUUAUUCUCUAUAAAUUCCAAUAGCAUCACUAUUUCUGUAAUGUCUGUUGAGUAAAUAAAUAAAACAUAAAAUUGCACACGUGAGCUAUGUUAUGAAUGUUUUAGUAAGUGAAAUAUACAUGAAUAAACGUUCAUAUGCCGAUAUAUCCUCUACGUUUAUAUCUUUGCUGUGGCGAUAAUAAGCGUUAAUAAUCGUUAGGUUUAAAUCCACCCUGGAUUCGGUUCAAUAUGUUGCGUUUUCAUUGUGUCUGUUAAGUGGCGGGAAGGCUGGAGUCACGUGGACACUGAAGAUCAUCUGACUACUCAAUUGUGAUUGACAGCGCACAAUCAUGGUGAGGAAUUAUAAAAGAAAGACAAACAGAGCGAACACAACUCCUGACACCAUGCUGAAAGCUGUCAGGCAGGUGCUGGUAUUCAAGAAGACCAUUAGAGCUGCAGCUGAAGAGUUUGGCAUCAAUUAUCGGACUCUUGCCCGCUACUGUACAAAAAUCCCCCGAGAAGAGGUUGAGGGAAAUGCAGAUUAUCCGAGUUGCACGGUGGGCUUCACCGGUGCAAGACAAGUAUUCAACCCAGAACAUGAGGCGGAACUGGUCUCCUACAUUUCAAGGGCAGCCGACAUUUAUUAUGCGCUUCCACCAAAGGCGAUCAGAAAAUUUACGUACCAGCUGGCAAAGCGUCACCAAUUGCAAAUGCCGUCAUCAUGGAGACAGAAUAAGCAAGCCAGUGCUGAUUGGUUUGCUGCCUUUUUAAAGAGACAUCCCACGUUGUCCGUCAGGACACCUGAACCACCAACUCUAUUGAGAGCAAGCAACUUAAAAAGAAGCAAUGUUGAGAUGUUUUAUAGUAAGCUGAAGGAGGUGAUGGAGCACCACAGUUUCAAACCUGAGGAUAUUUGGACCAUGGAUGAGACUGGUGUCACCACCGCCCAAAGACACUGAUAGAGUGGUGUCUAGAAAAGCCCUCACACAAUCAUCGGCUGAAAAGAGACCGUUUGUUAGCGUGUCUUUUACCAUCUCGGCCAGCGGUAAUAUGAUACCACCCUAUUUCGUUUUCCCUCGGGUGCAGUUCAGGCAGCACUUCCUCACUGGUGCACCCAACGGAAGCACCGGUGGUGCCAAUAUGAACUGUUGGAUAGGGGAGAAAUUGCUUGUUGACUUCCUGGAGCAUUUUAUACAACAGUCCAAAUGCUCCCCGGAGAAGCCCUGCCUCCUGCUUCUUGAUAGUCAUGUAUCAAGCCACUUGUCCAUUGAGGGGCUCAGUCUUGCAAAAGCAAAUGGAAUAGUUGCGCUCUCCUUCCCUCCACACUGUUCCCUCCUACAGCCUCUGGAACGGUCUGUUUUCAGCCCAUUUAAGAAAUGUAUCAACAUGGCCAUUGACAGUUGGAUGCUUGGAGGUCCAGGGAGAAGCGUUAACAUCCAUCAUAUUCCAGGGAUUGUUGCUACUGCCUUGCCCCUGGCUGCCACCCCAACCAACAUUAUGGAAGGGUUCAAGGCCUGUGGCAUCUUCCCCCUGAACCCAAACAUUAUUGAGGAAUCAGAUUUUGCUCUCAGUUUUCUUAUGGACUCUAUCCCUUCUGCAUCCAAUGGCUCAGCAGAUGCUCACCUUGAGGACAACUACACCCAUGACACUCCAGAUCAUUCUUUGUGUCCUUCUUUAGAGCCUUCAACAUCACACUGUGACCCAGAGCCCACAACAGAUGAUGUACAGCCUUGCCAAAGACAAACGACACUGGAGAGGGACGACUGCCGUUUUGAAUGUCUCCCCUCUGAUUAGAGAGACUUGUCUCAACAAAUAAAAAGAGGAAAGCUGGAGGGAUAAAGGCUGCAACAACAAGAGCAAAUGUGCAAAGAUGUUGUUGCCUUGUUUUUUGAUGAACCUCUCAAAGAGUAAACUGAGAUGCGUCUGGCUGCAGUGUUUUUUUUGUCUUUCUACAUAUGCCACUACUGUGAAAGUGAUGCACUCAUUUGCUCUCUCUCUCUCUCUCUCUCUCUCUCUCUCUCUCUCUCUCAUACUUUGCAUUCAGUUCAUAAAUUCCAAUCUUUGUUGGCCAAAACUUUGUUUCAGAAUUUUGCAUUUUUAUGCGUUGUUUUGUUACAUAACAACAGUUUUACUGUUUAAAUUAUUCUUGAAGUUAUUAAAUAUGACACAUUUUAAACAUAUGUUGUGGGACAUGGCUUUUUUUUAUUUAUUAUUUUUUACUUCAGAUAGUAUUUCAGAUUUUAUAAGCAAAGGCAUUCUACUCAAAUCACUGUUAAUAAACAGCAGGUUCCACAAGCUAGUGUGACAACAUACCCUGCUGUAGUGGUCAACGUGUCUUUAAUGAACCAUUGUUGUUUUCCGGGGCAAUGACAGUACAAAUUUCAGUAGUGUUUUUUUUGUAGCCAAUACUUAAAUUUAAUCUCUUAAUAUGUUAAAAUACUUUCUGCUAUCUCAGCUUAAUAUGCAGAGACGGCUAUAAAUUAGCAAUUCGUAGAUAUUUUUUUCCUAACUGUAAACACUGUGGUGCUAUAAAAACUUUGCUCAUCUAUCCUGACGCAACAACAUUAACUCGACCAUUGGCAUGAGUUUGGGGUGGGACUAUCUGCUUGUUUGAUCAACAGCAGAAGGGGGAAGUGUUCGAAAAAGUUGUGUGAAAAUGUUUUAUUUUAGCAAUUCCGUUUGGUGAUGUUAGUGGCACAGAAAUAUACACAUCAGCUUUAAUGCAGGUGUUUAUCCCAAAGUUGACCUUUUAAUAUAAACCUACUCUGAGAAAUAUUCACUGGAGUAAAAAGUGUGACAACUUGCCCUGGUCUCCCCUAUUUGUCCUGCUACAAAAUGAAACUGAAUAAACACAUUUAUAUCAUCUCUAAAUAUAGUUAAUUUAGUUAAAACAGCAGUUCUUUGCAGAUCCAGCUACUAUCGUUCAUAAUCAUAUUACAAAGACAACAUUCUGCAUGUCAGACCAUUAUAAAUGUGUCUCUUAAUGAUGUCUUUGUGUUCAGAUGUUC